UGACGGGGUUGAUAUUUUUAUAAUUUAUUUUGCUUUAUUUAUUUUAAACGAUGAACGAGGAACGAUUUAAACAUACAGACAAGCAGACUGGGUUCUGUUCAGCCAGUUGUAUGGACCAAGACUGUGUUCGGCGAGAGAUCGGAAAACCAGAACUGAAAACCUCGGAUUUGUACGCCGUUUGUGAUCUUCCGAAGCGCUUCGAACAUCCUCAUUGGUUCAAUGGCUACGGCUGUCAAGUGAGCAAGCAACAUCCUUUCUACCGGACAUCUGCUAGUCAAUACGGCUGGUAUCCACCAGGGGUACACUCAGUUCCGACGGUAUUCUUUCCGAAGAAUCAGAGAUUUUCGAACGAUUUGGCAAUUUUCGGGAUGUAUAGAAAUUAUUCACUCAACACAGCGAUGGACCAACCGCCUUUGAAAUGAAUUGGAAAUGAAAGAGCGAUUGUUUUAUUUCGAGUAGUCUUUGAAGUGUUAUUGUUUCAGAUUCUAAUUAGUGUACGGUAUUCUGUUAUGUUCUCUUAAGAAUUGUUUUUAUAUAGGUACAACUUUUUGUUUUAAGA